AUGCUGCCACAGCGCCGGAGCAGCAGCCCGGUCGCCCACACCCCGCGGGAGCUGCGCCUCGCACAGGCGCAGUCGCAGCAGCCCAGCUCGCCCGCGACAUCGACUGCGGCGCCGGCGGCCGAGGACGACGGGCGGAAGGCGGUGGGUCUGGGCAUCAGGCGGCCAAUGCGGGGCCGAGUCGGCGGCGAGGAGGAUGGCGAGGAGGAGCGGGAGCGCAGGCGGCGAGAGCAGGAGGAGAUCGAGCGGCUCCAGCGCGAGAUCGAGCGAAAGGAGCGCGAGGACAAGGAAGCGAAAGCGAAAGCGGAGAGCGAAAAAGAGAAAGAGAAAGCGAAAGCGAAGGCGCACAAUGCCGAUCUGGGCGGCGAAGAGAUUGUCAAGAGCACUGUCGACACCACCCGCGUCGGCACCGGCGGCGGCGGUGAUGAUGAUGAUAGCACGAGCGACAGUGACAGCGAUGGCGACGAGAUCGUGUUUGACGAGGAGGACGACAGGAACGAGUCGGCGAGGCGGACCAAGGCGGCCCUCGACGCCGUCAUGCACAAGCAGGGCAGGACCGGCAGCUUUUGGUCCUCCUUCUUUAAGUGA